UCAGUGAGGACUGCAAGGGUUGGUCCAACAAUUGAUAGUUAUCCAAGACGGUGCAGUAUCAACUAAAGCCACGAAGAAAGUUCUGCUAACCAGAGGACAGGAGUGCGGAAUUUUCGGCAAGGGGUGCUAGGAUGGCCUCAAAGAUGACGCUAAAGCUCACAGUGGCGUGCGUUGCACUUGUGGCGCUGCUGGCGACGCCGGCCCGGUUCGUCCAGGCCGACGAGAUGGAGCUGGACGAUCUCGAGUUCGACGACGACGACGAGGCAAUGCUGCGGAACAUCGAGGCCAAGCACGUGAGCCAAGACUACGAACGCGAGGACCGUAUGGCGAAGGAGCUGGCGAGCCGGAUCGUGGCGGAGCACCAAGCGCAGGCUAGCUACGGUGGUUACCCAGUGGAGGAGGACCAGGAAACCUACGACGCCGAGAGCGCGGUCGGACCAGACGGCCAGCGGCGCCCGCCACGUCUGAUGGACCCCUGCAAGGGCGUACGGUGCGGCGCGGGACGCGUCUGCUCGGCCAACACCGCGACCCAGCACGCCGAGUGCAUCUGCAUCCCGGAGUGUCCGUACGAGAGUGAUCCACGCCGCCGGGUGUGCACGAACCAGAACGAAACGUGGGACUCUGCCUGCGAGGUGCAUCGGCAGCGCUGCCUGUGCAACACCAACGAUCCGGCGUGCCGGGGCGAACAGGUACGCCACGUGCACAUCGACUACUACGGCACGUGCCGCGACAUGCCGGAGUGCUCCGACAACGACCUGGCCGACUUCCCGCGGCGCAUGCGUGACUGGCUGUUCAACGUGAUGCGGGACCUGGCGUCGCGCAACGAGCUGCCCGAGCCGUACAUGGAGCUGGAGCACGAGGCGGAGACCAACAUGACCAAGCGCUGGACGAACGCGGCCAUCUGGAAGUGGUGCGACCUGGACGGCCACCCGCACGACAACACCGUCUCCCGCCACGAGCUCUUCCCCAUCCGGGCGCCGCUCGUCGCCCUCGAGCACUGCAUCGCGCCGUUCCUGGAGAGCUGCGAUCCGAACCGGGACCAUCGCAUCUCGCUGCAGGAGUGGGGCAAGUGUCUGCAGCUCGACGAGGACGAUCUGACGGCGCGCUGUGCCGAGAUUACCAAGGACGACGAGUUCGAGAAGAACGACAUCGAGGCGGGUGCCUAAGCGCCUCUGCACCUGUUAGUUCCGAAUCUUUUUUCUUUUAUCAAUCUUAAGACGGCCGUACGCCAGCCAUAUUCUAUCCGUUAUAAAACGGCCGGAUCUGCCCUACAACACCAACCACUAACGCUAACCCAAAGAAUUCCUGCUGUUCGCCAUGAUUCCCCUUGGCACUCGCAGUUUGCAACCGAACUUCCUGGCUGAAUGCAUGGUAGCGAUCCAUUGGUGUAAAACAAAUGUGUGUGUUUUUCUUUUUUGUUUGUCGCUCCCUCCACAUUCAAUAACAAUAAACGCCGUCCGCCGAACGACGACGGUCAAUUCGCUAAUAAUCGAACUCAAACAAAAUGUAUCUAUCGUAAAGGUAGGGUUGUUCCGGCGGAAACAGCGGCUACACAUGGUGCUGCCCCCGAUCGACACCACCCACAUGAAAACUUAAUAAAAGAAUUACGGA